AACAAAAGAAAGGAUGUUCAAUCUGAAGCAACUCCAGUCAAGAAAAUGAAAAAGGCAACUCCGAAGCCGAAAGAGGAGCCGUUCCUUUUUGAGAAGCCAAAAGUCGACUUUCAGCGUCGAAAUUGGAGCCAGGACAGGGUCUGGUGGCCUGCCACGCCAAAAGAGGUGUACUGGGGCGUAAAGUGUUCUCAGGCGACACGGCAGGCCCCUAAAAACGUAAAACGUUGCCCAUACUGCUACUAUAUAACAGUGUCCAGGGCUGACCUGGUCUCCCACCUACGGGAUCGCCAUGUCGAAGAACUUGACAAAGACCUUCCUAUUGGCGCAAUGAGGCGAGCAACUAAUCUAUUCGCCGAGGGGCUAAGAGUUGUGUCCCACGACAGGGUGUGGAAGCACUUUCUCCCCCUGGUGACCAGGAAGAACGAAAGUGAUCUUAAGCGCGCGAUGAGGUGUGCCCUCGCGGAGGUGUUGGCGUUCACAGGGGAGGAGAGGGGCCCGCCCUACGGUGGCGAGCGGGAGGCCAGGGAAAUGAUGAGUGCGCUGCAGGUCCAGGAGAGCGACGAGGAGGGUGAAGAUGACGAUGGCGAGAGCGGCGACAGCGAUGACGAGGAGGUCGAAGAUGAGGAGGAGGAGGAAGAGGAGGAAGAGGAGGCGAAAGAAGAUGUCAAGAUGGAUGAGGGAAAAUACAAGAGGAAGGCCCCCGCCGACGACAGCGACGAGUCAGAUUCCGAGCCUGAAGAAAAGCCCCCGACCGUUCCGAACCAGUCCUCAUCAGAUGACAGCAGCCCCAAGGAGACUCCAACCAAGAAAGUGUCAGAAUCUGAGACAGACUCUUCUGAAAGCCCUACUCUUCCUGCAAAGUCCUGAAAACAUGAAUUGAUUAAAUUCCCUGUGUUGCAUAUAUACGAAAAGUUCCAAUCUCUGAUAAUCAUCAUUGUAUAUAAUCCAUGAAUCAAUAAAUGGCUCCAAAAUAUA